AUAGAUUUCAUUACAAAAAAAUUCUCAGUCACAACUAACCACCAUCUCGGAUUGUUCUUUAUUAAAAUUACACGUAAACAAUAAUAUAUUAAUUUAACAAAGACAAUUAUAAUUAUUAUUUUAAAACAAAAAAGACAAAAACAACAACAAAAAAUACACCAGUCAAUGUGAUAAUUUUUUUUUAGAUGUGAAUUUGUUAAUUAAAGUAAAAAAAAGCAAUCAAUUUUGAUAAUUAAUAAUUAUGUUGACAUAAUAUUUAUAAAAGUGAAUUGAAUUUAUUGUUUUUUUCAAUGUAAAAUGUCGUUGAAUUUAACAGUGUUAUAUUUAAUCAAAAAUAAAUUACUCAAAAACAGGUGAAAAAAUGGAUGAUGAUGCAGACCUUAGGGAACAAUUAUUUCACAAUACUGUCAGGGAAAAUAUUAUAUUCCUGUUACUUUUUUUAAUUUUGUGCACAUCAAGCUAUGCACUGAUUGCAAGAUUUCGUAGAAAAGAUAGAGAAGAUUAUUUUUCAGUUGAUGAAGAUGAAGCAACUGUUUAUAGAAUAAGCCUUUGGUUGUGUACAGUUGCAUUGGCUGUUUCAGUUGGUGCAACAUUACUUUUACCAAUUUCAAUUGCAAGCAAUGAAGUACUAAUUAUUUAUCCAAAUAGUUACUAUGUCCAGUGGCUCAACAGUUCCCUCAUUCAAGGACUAUGGAAUCAUGUAUUUCUAUUUUCGAAUUUAUCAUUAUUUGUUUUUUUACCAUUUGCUUAUUUAUUCACUGAAUCUGAAGGAUUUGUUGGCUACAAAAAGGGUGUUAAAGCAAGAGUAUGCGAAACAAUAACAGUCCUUGUUCUACUUGGAACACUUGUCUUUGGUAUGACAUAUGUACUUUCAGCUCUUAUUGAUUAUCAAAAGUCAAGUCUUCACACAUUGCUCAAUUUAUGGAGUUACUAUUUGCCUUUUUUAUACUCUUGUGUAUCUUUUGUUGGUGUUGUAAUGUUACUACUAUGUACACCAGUAGGUUUUGUACGUUUAUUUGGAGUUGUUGGUUCAUGCCUAGUAAAGCCACAGUUUCUACGUAAUUUAGAUGAAGAAUUUUUCGCGUAUCGUCUAGAAGAAGAUUGUAUAAAACGUCGUUUGGAUCAUGCAAAAGCUACUGGUAAUUCUUAUGUAUCACCAAUGCCAAUGUCACCAGCAUCUUGCAAUAUAAUGCCAGAUGAUGAUGAAAAAUUAUUAAAUCCAAAUCCAAGUUUAAUGAUACUACGUAAUGGUGCAUUGCAACGUGGUCUAACAGAGCGUUAUCAAGAUGUUAAAAAAAAACGUAAAUUACUUGAUAAACAAAGAAGAACAUGGUGGGUCAGACGUACACUUGUAUAUCCAUUAUCAAUGUUAGCAUUAUUUAUAUUAUCAACAACAACAGCUUUAUUAGCUGUACAAAAUACAAUUGAAUUAUUAAUUGGUAUUAAAGCAUUGCCAUUAAGUACACGACAAUUUACACUUGGUAUUAGUUCAUUAUCAAAACUUGGUCCAAUUGGUGCUGCUGUUGAAGUUGUUGUUAUACUUUAUUUAGCAGCAACAAGUGCCAUUGGUUUAUAUACAUUACCAGGUGUUAAAAAUGUUAAGCCACAUGUAUCAUCAACACCUUUAACACAUUUAAUUGCAAAUUGUGUUUUAUUACUUGUUUUAAGUUCAGCAUUACCAUUAUUAUCACGUAUUCUCGGUAUGACUAAUUUUGAUUUACUUGGUGAUUUUGGACGUAUUGAAUGGCUUGGAAAUUUUAAACUUGUAUUAUUUUAUAAUAUUAUAUUUGCAACUGCUGCUAUUGGAUGUUUGACAACUAAAUUUACAGCAACAGUUAGAAAUGAAAUUUAUAAUAGACUUUACUGUAGUUUUAUAGGAUUAUUUAAAUUUAAAAAAAAAAAUCGUAUGGUAUUCUCGACAAAAGAAGAUUAGACUGAAUUUUAUUUUUCACUUUUUUUUUUGCUAAUUUAUAAAUGAAAAUUUUUAAAUAAAAUAUAAAAGACACUGUUUUUUUUUUUUUGAUAAACAGAAUAAAUACUGGAGAUUAACGAUGUUUGUUUUUUUUUUUUUUUUUUAAUUUAAAUGUUUUUUUUUUUUUAUUUUUUCGUUUGAUUUUUCAUCAAUUUUGUAGGUUUUUUUUUUCUAAUAAAAAGGGCAAAUUAAUAGCGAUGUAAUUUAUAUGAAAAAAAAAGAAAUAUUUAAGCCCAAAUUAUUUUAAUAAUUGUUGCAGUAUUGUGAUAAUUGAGUGAGUGAUUUAAACAAAUUGAAUUUGUGUGUGUAAAAGUGUGUUUUAUACGAAAAAAAAAAAGAACAAUAUCCAAAAAAAAAAAAAUAGCUGUAUUGUUUUUUUUGAAUUUAGUAUUAUGAAAAAUGGAAAAUUCUAAAUAAUCAUUUACUGGAAUAAUAUUUAUUACCCGUGGUACUAAAAUAAUUGAUUUGUAAUUAAUAAUUAUUGAUGAAAAAUAAUUAUGGUGCAUUGUUAAUGCAAAUGAACUGUAUAAUAUUUAAAUGAAAGCAGAUAAUUAUUGUCAGGGGCACGUGCCCAUUUCUCAGGUUUAAUAUAAAAUUAUAUUAUGAAUUUUUAUUUUAAUUUUAAUCAUGAAAUAUUGUUGAUGAUUUUCGCCUGACAAUCCUCCUGACACAAAACUGCUGAUAAAUAAUGUCAAAUUAAUUUUUAAGAUAAGAUUAAAAUAGGUUUUUUUAAAUAUAUUUUGAAUGAAUUUUAAUGUGAUACGAAUUCUCGUCAAGACAAUAUUCAAAAUAUAUAUUGCACUAAAAAUUAAUCUCAUUUUUCUUUUUUUUUUUUUAGUUUAUAUUAAGUAAAGGAUACAUCAUUGUAUAUAUGUAUUUAAAUUUAUGAUAAAUUAUUGUAAAAACAUACUCAACACACGAGUUUUAUUUUAUUUUUUAAAAUUAGUUAUUAAUUUUAUUUAUUUCAGAAGGAAAUUAUUUUUUAAAUAGUUUUUAUUUUAAAUUAACUUGAAAUUUUUUGAAUAAAAAAAUCCCAAUUGUUUAUAAAUAAAUAAAUUAAUUAAAUAUUAAUUUCAAGCAUUGUUAACAAUAAAAUCAUUAAUUAAUUUAUUUAUUUAUAAUUUUUUUUUCAUGUAAAUUCAAUUCAUUUAAUUUUAAAUUUUAUUAAAACAAUUUUGUUUUGUUCAUUGCCCCGAUUUUCAACUCAUUUCAUUAUCUUGAUAAAUAAAUUAUUAAUAAAUUGCUAUAAAAUAAUUUUAAACAAAUAAAUAAUAUAAAAACCAAAUAAA